AUCAACCUUCCAGAACUCUCGGGUUCUGGUUCUGAUCUGCAUCCAGAACCAAAGAUGGACAAACAGCUAAAUUGCUGAAACACAGAGACUAGACUAAAAGCCUACCUGGUUAGAGUCGCCUUUGAAAUAUAAUUGAUUAAGUAGAAUGAUGGCAUUUGACUAAAUGUAAUAUUUCGAUUGUUGAUUCAUUGUUGCGUGACUUUGUGUUUUUAUGAUGUAAAGCACUUUGAAAGGCCUUGUUGCUGAAAUAUGGUGAAAAGCCCAGGCGGGACCCAAACGGCUCUUAGAACUACAGGAGGAUCAAACUCCCUCAUUCACUUUUAGCUCACAGAAAAAGCAAACUGACCAAUCAGAUUCAGGCUUUGGCGUUCCCACAACAGACUCGCUACUACAAGACGUUUUCACACAAAAGAUCAUUUUUCUAAACAAUUUUGUUAAUAGUAAAGAGGGUUAGAUAAUAAAAAAAUCCAAAAACUAUUCUUUUCUUUUCUUUACUUGAAAGAUAAUUUGCAGUGAGCAGAGCCGAACCGCUGCUGCAACACCAUCAUCAUCAUCAUCAUCCUGAUGGAGGAGCCGCGCUCCCACUCAGGCUGCUCACGUCUUCCAAGCAUCAUUUAAACUCUACCUUCUACAUGGAAACAUGCAGGUUCUGCAUGUCACAUUGAUUCUGACUCUGGGAAUACAAACACGUUUUCGCCACAGCAUGCUGGUAAUGUGAGUAGCAGCCAUAUUGGAUCCGAAGUUUCAUCUACAAAUUGAACACAUACUUUGAACCAAUAACUGGUGCUGAUAAAUAAGAUAAUGUUGAUUUCAAUAUUUCUGGAGUGAUCUGAAAGUUUUCAGUUUUUUUAUUAAGAUGCAACUUCAACUUUUCUUAUUUUUAUUUUUUAUAUUAUUCUCUAUAAUCUUGGAGAUGGUAGAGACAGUUUCCCACCUGGACAAACGUCUUCUUUUCUUUUUCACCUUGUCUUGUUUAUAACAGAUCGCUGCUCAGCUGUAGAAAAGCUGCACCUCAUGUUUACAUCUAAAAUCUUUAGUUUGAACAUUAAUUUUCCCUUCAAAGGAAAUCAAACCGUUGUUUCUGUUGCGGCCUGCAGGGGGCAGCAGCGGCUGCUUGAGGAGCAUAAAGCGGAACUCUUGUGUUUGCCUUGUUUCCUGCGGAUGCCUGCAGAGCGGGACCGGUGUUCAGAAGAGGGCUGAUGACCGACUACUGAUCAGAGGACCGUGAUGCAGUGCGGCUGGCUUCAUUCAGGUCCGCAGUUGUGGCUCCGGUGCGUCCACAGACAGGUGAGGGUGACGGCGGGAAAGCAGCGGGAGGAGCACCGCGGCUGGCUGCUGACCGUGGACCCGGUCUCCCACAGUGUGGCUCUGGUGAGUUUCGGGGAGGACGGUGCGUCGGUCCGGGUGGUUCUGGGUCACGCUGUGGAACACGUGGAGGUUCUGCAGGAACCAGACCCGGACACGGAGGAGCGGCUCCGCUCCCUCCUCCCGCCUCCGGAGACCGGAGGCCCGGAUCCGGGCGAGCGACGCCGGAGGAGGUCCGGAGUCCGCCGCUGGCUCCAGCAGAACCGGGUUCCGGUAGAGGAGGAUGGGAACGAACUUCGGGUCGCCCGUGUUCUGACCAUCCGGGCCCCAUAUCGACCCGACGACUGCAGCAGCGCCAACCAGAUCAUCCUGGACCGGGUCCAGAGACUGCUUCGGGUCCAGCCCGACCCGGUUCCUGAUUCUGACCCGGUUCUGGAGACCAGCCCGGCUCCAGAGACUGCUCCGGAUCUAGAUGGACCCAUUCCACCUGGGCAUUGAGACGGAUCCAGAGCGGUUCUGGUUCAGUCUGGAUCCAGUUCCUGUUUAACUGGCUUUAGAUGAGCCGUCUGGUACCAAACAGGUUUCUGAACCACAGUCUGGAUCUAUCAGAAGCUCCUGAACAGAACCAGGUGGAAACGGGUGUGCAUGGCCCUUUAAAUCUGAGGGCUGAAGCCCCGCCCCUUCCUGCUGGUCUCCUCCAAUGAGCUGAUCAUGAAUCAGUUUAGGUUGAAUCCUUUCAAACCAAACUGACUUUCCGUUCCGGUUGUGUUUCUCUGGACCUCCUGUCAGCUAGCUGGGUUUAAAGUUCUGCAGAACCGGGCCAUGGACAGUGCGGUCCUGAUUGAUCCAAUAAAUCAGAUUCUACCAUUAA